AUGGAUAAAGCUUCUUCACAAGAGUGUCCUUAUCCAGGAUGUUUCUUCUGUGUAAUGAAAGAAGGAAACCCGAGCAAACGAAGAUCUUGCAUUCUCAAAUUCUUUCGAGAUCUUCCUUCUCAAGACGACGAUGGUCAAGUUCUUCCCAUUAGUGGCCUUUGGAACACAGCAAUGGCGCACCCGAACGAUCCUGAGUUCAUUGAGCUCGGUAUCUUCGAGUGUAUGUCUGCUUUGAUAUGGAAAGGACUGAAAAACCGGCGUUGGCUAUAUCAUGACCAGAACAUAUACAUUCCUUAUUACGCGGCUCACAUCAUCGGGUCUUACACUAUGAACAUGGAAGAAUUUGCAGAGAGAGCUGUGGAAGCUGGAGUGAUUCCUCCACUUGUUGAGCUUUUAAGAGGUAGGCUCACUUGGGUUGAGCAGAGAGUGGCGGUUCGAGCACUAGGGCAUUUAGCUACUUAUUCGAGCACUUUUUCCGCUGUUGCAAAUCAUGGAGAGAUCCUUGAAAUUGCGAUCCAAUUGGCAAUGAGUUCGUUGGAAAUAGUUUAUUCUCAUUUUUACCAGUAUCCGGAUCAGAGGAUGAGUUACCAUUGCGAUUUGCUGACGCGUGGGAUGGGAGGUGUUGAGAUGGAGUCAAGAAAGGCCGAGGAAUGGGCGAGCCAAUUGCAGUGCUGGUCUCUUCAGCUCAUAAACUGUUUCGCCUUUAAGCCCGAGUUUCUUCCCACUCUGUGUAAACCUGAGUUUCUGGUGAAUCUUCCAGUUAUGUGGGGAGGACUUGUUAAUGAGAAUUCGCCGGCUGGUAUCGGUUUGCUUAGAACGAUCUGUCAGCAUAAACUCGGUCGCGGACCUGUCGCUGCAUGUUCAGGAAUGAUUGAGGCAUUGUGUAACAUCGCUCGGUCUUCGGAUGAUUGGCAGUAUAUGGCGGUAGAAUGUCUUCUUUGGCUGCUUCAAGACCCCAAUACAUCUCACAAGGUAAUCGACAAAGCUGUACCAACGCUUGUGGAUCUCGCUGAGAUCACAAACUUAGGCGAUCACAAGAAACUCGGAGAUUCCAUUAUAAGUGUUCUUCAAGAAUGCAGCUCCAUGGGUAACCGCUCUAGGGAAUUGAUCGAAGAGACAGUAAAUUCCAGACAAAGACUCAAAUGGGAGAAGACUAUGCCUAAAGAGGAUCUUCACAUCAAACAAGCAGCUGCUUUAGUGGUCAAACUCGAAGGAAACUCUCUCUUUUCAUCAGGAGACAUUGCGGGUGCAGCGGAAAAGUACUCAGAAGCUUUGUCUUUAUGUCCAAUGAGGUCAAAGAAGGAGAGAGUAGUGUUGUAUAGCAAUCGAGCUCAGUGUCAUCUCUUGCUGCAACAGCCUUUGGUUGCUAUAAGCGACGCUACACGUGCGCUUUGCUUGCACAAUCCCGUAAACCGGCAUGCAAAGAGUCUUUGGAGAAGAGCUCAGGCAUAUGAUAUGUUGGGUUUAGCUAAAGAGAGUUUGUUGGACGCGAUUCUAUUCAUCAACGAAUGUUCUCAGUCGAAUGACCCGGAUCUCUCCAUGAGACAGAACAAGGUUCCUGAUUACGCAGAGAGGCUGGUGAAGAAGCAGAUGCGGGCGGCUUGGUUGUUUAAAGAAGCGGCAUUGAAGCAUGGAGGCGUGCAUAGGAAAGGCGAAGAGAGGGAAGUGUAUGGAAAUGAAACCGAUGAUUCGGAAUGGGAAACAGCGAGUGAGAGCGACAUUGGAGAUGACGGAAGAGAUCAUAUGGGACUUGAUGAUGAGGAGGAAGAGCAAGAAGAAGGCCAUGGAGAGAAGUGGAAAAACCGGGAGAAAUCGAGUGAUAAAAGCGAGAAAACUUCUGCGAAAGGUAUGAGGCAUGGAUAUAGCAUAAAGCUAGCAGAAGAUGAACUUUGA